CUUUCUUCUACUCCUUAUAACACACCAGAAGGUUCAAGGCUUGAGGAGCCACCUCCCUACCUCUCUCUCUCUCUCUCUCUCUCUCUCUAUACUGCGCCUCCCAAACCUCAUCUUCUCGUAACCCGUCUUUCAUCUCUCUUUCUCCUCGAUUUCUAUUGGAAGGGAUUAUUAGUAUUUAGGGUUUUAACUGUGUAUCUAUUUAGGGUUAGGGUUUUUUCUUUAACGGAAAGAAGCGUUAUCCAUAUUCGUCCUCAAUGUCUUCUUCUUCAAGGAAAGAUCAAGAUCGGAUCAAAGGACCAUGGAGCCCAGAGGAAGAUGACGCGUUGCAGAAGCUUGUUCAGAAGCAUGGACCGAGAAACUGGUCUCUGAUAAGUAAAUCAAUUCCCGGUAGAUCUGGCAAGUCUUGUCGUCUCCGAUGGUGUAACCAGCUCUCUCCCCAGGUGGAACACCGCGCUUUCACGCCGGAGGAAGAUGAGACGAUCAUCCGAGCGCAUGCCAAGUUCGGCAACAAAUGGGCGACGAUUGCUCGUCUUCUCUCCGGUCGCACCGACAACGCGAUUAAGAACCAUUGGAAUUCGACUCUGAAGCGCAAAUGCUCAUCCAUGACCGAUGAAGGUAGUGUCGAUGGGCAUGUGAACCAGCCUUUGAAGAGAUCGGUGAGCGCGGGCGCCGCCAUUCCGCCUGUCUCUGCUCUCUAUCUAAGUAGCCCAAGCAGCCCCUCUGGAUCUGAUGUUAGCGAUUCGAGCCUUCCCGUGAUAUCUCCUUCUCAUGUCUACCGACCUGUUGCAAGGACAGGAGGGAUUUUGCCUCCUCAGCAACAGCAGCAGCCACAACUCGAAACGUCCUCGUCGACCAACGAUCCACCGACGUCCCUGAGUCUCUCCCUCCCUGGAGCCGACUCGUGCGAGGCUUCAAAUCAUGUCCCCGGAUCCAACCAUGCAACAAAUCCCAGUCAACCUAGUCAGCUGGCUUCUUCCUUGUCCCUGCCCCCGCCUACGGUUGUACCAUUGCAACAGGUUUCUCAGCCGCCUCACCAUACCGAGUACAACGAGUUCGCGACGUCGGCACCGCCGGCCGAGAAGCCCUUCAUGCCGUUUUGUCCAGAGUUUCUAUCAGUGAUGCAAGAGAUGAUCAAGAAAGAAGUCAGGAACUACAUGUUGGGACUUGAGCAGAAUGGUCUUUGUUUCCGUGCUGAUGGAAUUAGGAAUGCUGUAGUGAAGCGUAUCGGCAUCAGCAAGAUCGAGUAGUGUAAUCAAGGCUCUGAAGAUAAUGAAUAUAGUGGGAGGGAGCUCGACUGCUCGAGAGAGAAUGAGAAAGAAAAACAAUCUUGUUUUUUUUCUCUCUUCUCGUUUAUCAUUUCAUACAGAAAAUAAUUUUGCUCAUGUACAGAAAACAGAGAUGGAGAAAGAUCCAGGGAUCAAAUAUGUGGAAUUAAAAGAAGGAAACAAGAGUAACCCAGAUGGUUAUCUUAAGUCAGAAGAACUGAAGGAAAAAAAAGGUCUCCUUGAACAAAGACAAAGAAAAGAACGAACUUUGUCUUUCUCCGGCCUCGUUCACCAGUUUUAGAAAAGGAGGGAAAAAACAAAAUGCAAGAAAAAAACCUUCAAUGGAAUCCAAGUUCAUUUUAGUAUCUACUUUUAGGUUUUUUAAAUUAAAAUUAAAUAUAAUAGUUUCGUUUAUUUCAGCUUUGGA